CAUGUACUUGCAAUGUUUUUUGUGCUUGUGCCCGCCCCUGAAAAUCAUAGAUUUUUUUUUUUUGAGACUGCCCUGAAAAUCAUAGAUGGCCCGAACGUGAAAAACCUGGAAACGGGCAAGGCUCGAACUUUCAUUGGGCCCGAUGCGGCUCGGCCUAUGAAGGCCCGUUCUCAGCCUUCGUGUAACCGCAUCCCUUUCCCUUCCAGCCCGGGUGUCUUUUCCGGUUUUCCCCAACUUCGGCGAACCCUACCGCGCCACGCCGUUACGCCGCCACGGGUUUCCUCUGCUCUGCCAGCGCGGGCCACUAGCAAGCCAGGCGCGAGCGUGAUGGAGGAGGAGGCGCCACCAGCACCGACGGCGGACAUCAACCAGGACGCUCCAGUGCUGCCCCCGGAGGUCAUCACGGAGAUCUUCGCCCGGCUGCCAGCCAAGUCGGUGGGGCGAUUCCGCUGCCUCUCCCGCGCGUGGUGCGCCAUGCUCUCGACGGACUACUUCGUCGACCUCCACUUGCGGUGCGCCAACCGGCCGGACCACCCCAGACUGCUCCUCACAGCGGUAGGGUCCGACUACGAUGACCAUCUGCACUCGUGGCGGCCCGGUGGUGCGGUUGAGAAGCUCAUGCCCGACGAUUUCGCCGAUGCGAUAACCACGCCUGUAACUAAGCCUUGCCGUGGCCUUAUCCUCAUCGGCGACGCCGGCUACGGCGGGUACUUCGUCUGCAACCCUUCCACAGGUGAUGUGCUGGCUCUCCCAGAUAGCGAGGCUCCGAAGAAGAUGACUUGGCGGGUUAAUAAAUUGUUUCAGCCCCAACCGCCCCCGCUCUUCGUUGAUGUAUCCUACGGUAUUGGUUACUGCACAAUGAGGAAGGAAUUUAAGCUAGUGCGGUUCUUCUGCAACUCUGAGACUGAAAAUGGCUUAGCAGAGUCCACAAACUGCGAGGUGUUUGUCCUUGACAGGGCUGCGUACUGGAGGCCAACAACUGAGCAGCCUCCCUUGCGUUGGGUGGAGAAACGAAGCCAGCUGUUUUCUUGAAUGGGUUUCUGCACUUCCUCUGCCAUGAUGGUGGCAUUGUCACUUUCAGCAUCAGUGAUGAGACCUUUGGUUCGUUGCCGCCGCCGUCUGGUUUUGAGGAUGCAGCAUCGGUGAUGACAGAGCUGGAUGGGUGCUUAAGCUUGGGCUAUGGAGAACCAGACAGUGGAGAUCUUUAUCAUGUUUUUGUCCUUAGAGAUUACAAGGAAGCCCGGUGGGAGAUGCUGUGUUGCGUCAAUCGUACAACUUGGCUGGAAUCUGAGUAUCUGACCGCAAGCUACUAGGUUCACUCUGGAUGGCCCCAUUAGGCAUGUACUACUCAGAUGGUGCACAAAAGAUCAUGUUCGGGACAGGUGCUUGCAAGGUGUUUGCGGUAGACGUGGAUGGCACUGCCCCACAGGUUUUAUUCACACCAGAUGACACCAUCAUCGGCAGUUGUGAGGAUGACCAUAUCCCAGCACUAGGUCUGUAUGAGGAGAGUCUUGUCCCUGCAGGCCGCACAAUUGAAGAGAUUAUUUGCUCAUCACCAACAGCUGAAGCUUGGUUUGACAUUCUCAAGUGGCUGCCAGUGCGCUCUGUUUUGGAGUUAAGCUUGGUCUGCCGGGAGUGGCGUGCAAUGAUCAUGACAGAUCACUUUAUCCAAUUAUUCAUGCAAACUUGAAUAAGAGCCCCGGGUCAUGUUCAUCAUGGAUCCCCGCUUUGGUAUGUAUAUGGAUCUGGAGAAAAUUUACUGAUGGAAAUAGACCACCCUUGAUUUCCGAUCUUGUAUCCCAGCCUGUCCGCGUGAGUUGUGCUUUCUGGGGCUUCAUAUGCAAUCCUGCCAUAGGGUACUGUGAGCACAUAGAAUUCGACAAUAGCAAUGACACUUUCUUUGCUGGCCGCAUUGGGUUGGGAUACGACUCAGAGAUUGACAAGCAUCUUUUGGUGCAUAUUACCUACAAAGAGGACAACCUGGAAACAAGAUAUUAUGAGCUGCAAUGCAAAAUGCGAUAUGUGAAUCACGAGCAAUGGCGUCCACUAGACCCUCCUCCUAGACCAGUAGCUGCCAUGCCACCCACGUUCGUCAAUGGCAACAUCUACUGGAUGGUAGAGCCUAAUCUUGGACCAGUUUCUGCAACAUGCGAAAUCGUGGCAUUCGAUAUCCAGACACAGGAAUUUGAAGUAUUGCAAGGUCCACCAUGCAGCCAUGACUCUGGGCAUAUGACCAUCCUCCAGCUUCAGGGUGCACUUUGUGUGGCUUUUCAGAUUGAAGAGUGAACGCAAUUGAUGUAUGGAUGAUGGAAGAUCGUGGCGUCUGGUUAAUGAAGUAUCAUAUUGAGCUCGAGAAGUUCUUGCCAGAUUACUUGUUGGAGAACACUACACCAUUGGUUGUUGAUCCAAAGGAUGGACGGAUUUUGCUGAAUGCUGGUUGGUCAUUGGGCUACUAUGACCCCAAGACGGCAGAAAUUGAAACCAUCUACACCCAGGACGUCCCAGAACAUGGCUGGAAGUUCUGUCCUAUUAUUUGCCAUGAAAGUUUGGUCUGGCCGUUUGGCCCGUCCUAAUCCAGGGGGUUAAAUAUGGUGCAGAAAGGGUUGACAAAGCACUGCUGCUGGUGAAGCGAUGUAGCUGAAUCUACGUGGGUGCCUCAUAUAUCUCCUCACGAAUCCAGUUUUCCUCUGUCCAUCUUGUGCGAAAACUUGUAAUCCUAGCAAGACUAGUGAGUUUUGAGUAAUUUUUUUCGUUGAAUGCCUGGUUCCAGUAAGAUUUGCCUUUAACUGGUGCUUGGCAGGACUUUAAUGUCUUUGGCCUUUA